AUGGCUGGCGAUGGUUUGCCACGAGAAACUCCUGGGCGUGUUGAAUAUCAGCAUACAUCUUUGUUUCCGUAUUCGUACCACGAUGCUGUUGAAUGUUGA